UUGCAUGCUGUGGGCAAAGGUGCUUACACAAACCAAGUACUUGGUUUGGAUCCGAGAUCAGGUUCAUACGUUUAUGUUGUGGGUAUAACUGACGCCAAUCCUAUUCCGUUUUCCAUUCACGUUUACGAUGCAGAAGAUACCAAGUUGUACACUGAUCCAUGUUCUAAACGCAGUUGUCAGCAUAUGUGUGUUAACACACCUUCAGGAGCUACCUGCCUCUGUGCUGAGGGCCAUAUACUCUCCGCAGAUGGAAUGACAUGCAGAGAUCGUUCAAGGUUCUACGAGAAGGGCUUCAUCUUUAGCAAUGGAACUGGAUUUUUCAUGAUUAAUAUCCAUUCUGUCAUCGGACAACAAAGCGAAAUAAAGCACUUAAGCAGUUCUUCUGCAAAUAUUGAAACCUUUGCUGUGGACAUGAAAUUACAUAUUAUCUACUUUGUGGACAGCAGUAGUAAUACAUUGAAGGAGUUUAACAUCAUUACAGAACAACCAAAGAUUUUAGCGUCUGAUUUAAAUGCUACAGACCUGAUUUUUGACUGGAAUGCGAAUCUUCUUGGAUGGGUAGACUUUUCCCAAUCAACAAUACAAGUUUUUUCCUUAUAUUCUCGGACAAUAUCCACGAUUUACUCUGGACUUGAGCAACCAGUAUCUCUUACUGUCGACGCUAACAAUGGCUACCUAUUUUGGAUUUCGGGGAUAUCGACAAAAUCAAUUUUGAGAGGAAACUGGAAAAAUGAUACUUAUAGUAUUAUUGUGACUUCUCAAGACCUAGACAGUCCAAGAUCACUUUAUUAUGAUGUCACAAGCCAUAGGUAA